AUGGCCGCGCCCAAGCUCCUGCUGCAGCCGCCGCAAGAGACGCAGUGCCGUCCCCGCGUAGCCUCUCCGUCGCGCCGCCCGUCGCCGGAGACCUGCGGCAACCUCCAACCGCGCCCGUCCUGGAGCUCGUCCGCCUCCUCAAGCCACCGCGUCCUCGCCUCCGGCGACCGUCACCGCUCCGUGCACACCGCUGCCCCGAGCUGCUUCGCCUCCCUCCUCCUCGAGCCGGCCUCCCCGCCUCUGGCAACGGCUGCCGUCCCUCGCCCAAGCUCCUCCGCCCCGCGCCUCUCUGCCUCCGCGCCACUCGCCGGAGCCCCCGCAAGCCGUCCCCGUCGCCGAGGCCCUCGCCUUCCGCCGUCAAGCGCCGCCCCCGUCCGGAGCCGUUGGGCCCUGCCUUGGAACUCUGCACCCUCGCCGGAGCGAGUUCGUCCCCGCCGCGCCAAGCCCUCUCCAUCGACCUCCGCGACCAGCGCCUCCACUACCUCCCCGUCGCUGCACCUGCCUCCUCUCGUCGCUGCCGCCUUCCGUUCCUCGUCACGAUGCCAGUAG